UGAGAGUUUCAUUGUAUCAAAGUGAGUGUGUGAGAGUGUUUCUUUUCUCCAUUGUAUCCAAUUUUCGUCAACAAUCAAAGACUCUAUUCACAAUGGAAGGAGAGACUAUCAAGAUUAUGAACCAAGACCUUGUGAGGUUGGAUCGUUUUGAUGGUUCCAACUUCACUAGGUGGCAAGACAAGGUGAGAUUCCUUCUCACAGCACUCAAGAUUUUCUACAUCCUUGAUCCUACCUUGGCACCGUUACCGGAACCAAAGGAAAAUGACACACCUCAAGUGGUGGCGGCAAGGAAGAAGAGGGAGGAGGAUGAGCUCAUAUGUAGGGGUCAUAUUUUGAACGCCUUAUCCGAUAGGCUAUAUGAUCUCUACACCAACACCAAUUCCGCGAGGGAGAUUUGGGAGGCUCUUGAAAACAAGUACAAAGCCGAGGAAGAAGGUAACAAGGAUGCUGGAAGAAUUUCACCUAUGUGAACUUAGGGGUGGUGCCGCCUCUCAUGAGAGUUAGAGUUUCUUUCAAGAAAGUUCAUGAAUGGAUUGAGCACAUGGCCAUAAAAGUGCUAAGCAAGAAAAUAAUGGGCACUCGUGUGGUUAGUGGAAGUGUGUGUGUUGUUACCGGUUUCGUUACAAGGAAUAACUGGUUCAAUGCUACAAGCAACCUGGGAUUUCAACGGAGCUUUGUGACAAUUACACUAAGGUAAAAUUCAAAUCGAAAGAUAUUUUAUUUUAUGCAUUUUCACUGUUAAGGUUAUAAGGGUUGAUGUUUAUUUUUAACCAAG